AUACGAUUUUCAUUUAUUAAAAUAAAAGAGGAUCAAAAAUCCAAAACCCUAGAUAACAGCGAUGGGAGUAGAGAAGCAAAUUUUGACCCCCGGAACCGGCCCCAAACCAACUGCCGGCCAGAAGGUCACCGUUCACUGCACCGGUUAUGGCAAAAAUGGUGAUCUCUCUCAAAAGUUCUGGAGCACUAAGGAUCCUGGGCAGCAGCCUUUUAGUUUCCAAAUUGGCCAAGGUUCUGUUAUAAAAGGAUGGGAUGAAGGUGUGUUGGGAAUGCAAGUGGGAGAGGUUGCUCGUCUGCGGUGUUCUCCAGAUUAUGCUUAUGGUGCUGGUGGAUUUCCAGCAUGGGGAAUUCAACCUAAUUCAGUCCUGGAGUUUGAGAUUGAAGUCUUAAGCCUACAGUGACUACGUGAUAGGAGGUGAAAACAGGCUACAGAACUAUCUGGAUAAUUUGAAUAACUUGCAUCAUCAUAGACAUUUCCAGAUGUUAUCGUUAUACUUUUGAUGAAUAUGAUAUGGGAUUGAUGAAUCUAUCUGC